AAAUUAACUUUGUCUAGGCAGCAGGCAAGGUGAACUCAUUGGGCAGUUACAAAUUUGGGGCUUGCUGGGGCUUGCCCUUGUGGCUGCCUGCCCAUGGUUUGGUAGACUCCCUCCAGCAACAGAUCCAGAGGCCAGCCCAAGUGGCCACCUAGUUCUCUUGGACUCUAGGUUCUACUGGUGGGGUGCUGCUGAUCCAAUGGGCAUGGAUUUAAUUGCAAUACAGAAAUAGUCCUGGGAGAUAUCCCAUAACUGUAGCUCCAUGGUGGAAUGUUUGUCUGUAGCCCCAUGGUGGGGUGUCUGUCUCCAGCUCCACCACUGGAUGUCAGACUCUAGCCCUAUCACUGGGUGUCUGUCUGUAGCCCAUCAUGUAGUGUCUGUAGCUGUAGCCCCAUUAUGGGGUGUCUGAUUUGGGCUUGGCCCCCACAGCUAUGGCACAGUAAGCAGAGUCAUCAAAAGCUGCUCCAUUCUUCUGGAAGCUUCAGAGAAAGGGAACACAGAAAUCUGGUAUGCUGGCAAAAAGGGGGCCAAGAGGAACAGGCUGAGAAGGAAAAGCAAGAUCAGAGAAAGGCCACAGCCUAACUCAUGGCUCUCACAUGAACAAACCUUGGUGGUUCAGAGAGGAGAGAAAAUGGAGAAGGCCAAUAACCUGGUAGGGCUUGUUAUCAGUGUGGUUUGCAAGAACACUUCAAAAAAGAUUGUCCAAUGAGAAACAAGCCACCCUCUCGCCCAUGUCCACUAUGCCAAGGCAAUCACUGGAAGACGCACUGCCCUGGAGGACAAAGGUUCUCUAGGCCAGAACCCCCAACCAGAUGAUCCAACAACAGGACUGAGGAUGCCCAAGGCAAGUGCCAGCUCAUGUCAUCACCUUCUCUGAGACUCGGGAUCGAGGCCAUCAAGCUACAGAUGGUCUUACAAAUGGAACCCCAAAUGAGCUCAAUUCACAACUUCUACCAAGGACCCCUGGAUCAACCUACUGGCCCUUUGACUGGCCUAAAAAGUUCCCCUCUGGAGGACACUACAACUGCAGGGCCCCUUCUUUGCCCCUAUCCAGCAGGAAGUAGCUAGAUCAGUCAUCGCCCAAUUCCCAACAGCAGUUGGUGUGUCCUGUUUAGAGGGAGGAUUAAGAAGUGAAGCCAGCUGAACUUCCUGGGUUGAGUGGAGACUUGGAGAACUCUUCUGUCUUGCAAGAGGAUUGUAAAAAGCCUUGUCCCACCCCUGCAUGCGCUGCCUCUCCCAGGCCCCGCCUUCCACCCAGUGUCCUGGACCCUCAGCUGGGCAGCACCACCAGAGCAACCAUACAUCUUGCGUGUUCCAGGCCUCACUCGAGAGGCAAAAAAGCUCCAUGGCGGCGGCGGCCAAGCCCGAGAACCUCUCCCUGGUGGUGCACGGACCAGGUGACUUGCGCCUGGAGAACUAUCCUAUCCCUGAACCAGGUCCAAAUGAGGUCUUGCUGAGGAUGCAUUCAGUUGGAAUCUGUGGCUCAGAUGUCCACUUCUGGGAGGAUGGUCGAAUUGGGAAUUUUAUUGUGAAAAAGCCCAUGGUGCUGGGACAUGAAGCUUCGGGAACAGUCGAAAAAGUGGGAUCAUCGGUAAAGCACCUAAAACCAGGUGAUCGUGUUGCCAUCGAGCCUGGUGCUCCCCGAGAAAAUGAUGAAUUCUGCAAGAUGGGCCGAUACAAUCUGUCACCUUCCAUCUUCUUCUGUGCCACACCCCCUGAUGACAGGAACCUCUGCCGGUUCUAUAAGCACAAUGCAGCCUUUUGUUACAAGCUUCCUGACAAUGUCACCUUUGAGGAAGGCGCCCUGAUUGAUCCACUUUCUGUGGGGAUCCAUGCCUGCAGGAGAGGCGGAGUUACCCUGGGACACAAGGUCCUUGUGUGUGGAGCUGGGGCAAUCGGGGUAGUCACUUUGCUCGUGGCCAAGGCAAUGGGAGCAGCUCAAGUAGUGGUGACUGAUCUGUCUGCUACCCGAUUGUCCAAAGCCAAGGAGAUUGGGGCUGAUUUAGUCCUCCAGAUCUCCAAGGAGAGCCCUCAGGAAAUUGCCAGGAAAAUAGAAGGUCUGCUGGGGUGCAAGCCGGAAGUCACCAUCGAGUGCACGGGGGCAGAGACCUCCAUCCAGGCGGGCAUCUAUGCCACUCGCUCUGGUGGGACCCUCGUGCUUGUGGGGCUGGGCUCUGAGAUGACCACCGUACCCCUACUGCAUGCAGCCGUCUGGGAGGUGGAUAUCAAGGGUGUGUUUCGAUACUGCAACACGUGGCCAGUGGCAAUUUCGAUGCUUGCAUCCAAGUCUGUGAACGUAAAACCCCUCGUCACCCAUAGGUUUCCUCUGGAGAAAGCUCUGGAAGCCUUUGAAACAUUUAAAAAGGGAUUGGGGUUGAAAAUCAUGAUCAAGUGUGACCCCAAUGACCAGAAUCCCUGAUGUUAAUGGGCUCUGCCCUCAUCCCCACAGUCUCGGGAUCUCAGGGCACAAUGGCUGGACACGGGUGGGCUCUGAUGCAGAACUUUCUCUUUUGAAUGUUAAGAAUAACUAAUACAAUUCAUUGUGAACAGAAGUCCUUAUGCAGAGGAAUUGGUGUGCCUUAAAGAUACAAUCUGGGAUAGUUUGGGGGAACUUGUAGCCAGAAUGCCCUGUUCAUGCUGAGCAAAGUUCAGCAAGUAGAGCAGAGUUUGGCAGGCAGGUGCCAGGAACUCCCCUUCUUCCUGGAGUGCCUUCAUUGAGGAAGGAAAUCUGGCCCUUGGGUUUCCUGGUUCCACUGCUACUGACCCAGAGGGGAAUAAGAGCUGAGUUAUGAAAAGAUAACUUCAUGAAGACUUAACUGGCCCAGAAGCUGAUUUUCAUGAAAAUCUGCCACUCAGGGUCUGGGAUGAAGGCUUGUCAGCACUUCCAGUUUAGAACGCAAUGUUUCUAGAGACAUAUUGGCUGUUUGUUUUGAUGAUAAAAGGAGAAUAAGAAAAGGCAUCACUUUCCUGGAUCCAGGAUAAUUUUUAAACCAAUCAAAUGAAAAAAACAAACAAAUGAAAAAGGAAAUGUCAUGUGAGGUUAAACCAGUCUGCAUUCCCCUAAUGUGGAAAAAGUAAGAGGACUUCUCAGCACUGUUUGAAGACUGCCUCUUCUUCAGCUCCUGAGAAUUGUGUUAUUUCACUUGCCAAGUGAAGGACCCCCUCCCCAACAUGCCCCACCCCACCCCUAAGUACGGUCCCUUCUCACCAGGCAACCAGGAAACUGCUACCUGUGGACCUCACCAGAGACCAGGAGGGUUUGGUUAGCUCACAAGACUUCCCCCACCCCAGAAGAUUAGCAUCCCAUACUAGGCUCAUACUCAACUCAACUAGGCUCAUACUCAAUUGAUGGUAUUAGACAAUUCCAUUUCUUUCUGGUUAUUAUAAACAGAAAAUCUUUCCUCUUCUCAUUACCACUAAAGGCUCUUGGUAUCUUUCUGUUGGAAUGAUUCUAUGAACUUGUCUUAUUUUAAUGGUGGGUUUUUUUUCUGGUAAGAUUUGGACCUAAAUCACAUCAUGCCAACUUGUGACUUUGAGACUAUUCAUCAAGAAUGAGGAUAUAGUAGCCAUGACAUAGCUUGAGCUAUAGCCUUUAAUUCCUUACUUUGGCUAUGGGUGGAGGGUGAGUUUGAAGAGGUUCUGAUUUUAUUGUAACCUGGGAAAGCCAUGACCUUGUGCCCGAUUCUUUCAGAUUGCUUUGGGUAAUAAAUAUUGAUGGUGGUAUCUGA